AUGAAAUCAAAAAAAAAAGGUAUGUUACAUAAAAAGUUAAAAAACCAAAAGGGUGUUAAAGAAUUUUCUUAUGGCUCUUUUAAACAUAAAAUCGCUAAAAUUUACGCGAAAGAAAAACAAAUUUUAAAGAGAAUUCACAAUGAAAAAUUAUCACCAGAAAGUUUUUUGGAAGAAAAAGGGAACACCCUAAAAAACGAUAAACCAUUGUGUUCAGUUAUCAAUAAUGAUAUUUUUAACGAUUUUAAGAAUGCGAAGGAAUUAAUUUUCCAAAAUGGAGAAAAAUAUCGUGGAAAACAUGAUGAUAAUGACGAAUCUGAACAAACAUUGGACGAAAAAUUACAUCAAUCUGACUUGAAAAAAAGUACUAAAGUCAAACGAAAAAAUAGUCUCCUCGAUGAAGAGGUACACAAUGAUUCGAAACUUUUACAUAAUGAAAAUGAGAUAAAAAAAAAAAAAAAAAAAAAAGCUAAAUUACUACCUUUUGUAAAAGAUGGAAUAAAAAGCAGUGAUGAAAGUGCAGAAAGUUAUGAAACAUAUGAAGAAAAUGAAAAAGGUGAAAUUAUAAAACAUGGAAAUGAUAAGAGACACAAAAAAAAUAAUAAAGAAGAAAAUGAAGAAGCAGAAGUUCUCGUUAAAAUUUUGAACAUUGUCAUAACCAAAAAUAAAAUUAAGAAUAUUAUAAGGAAAUAUUUUGAAAAUGGAUUCGUAAAUUUUGUCAGUUCAAGUAUGAUAAGAUAUAUCAUAAGAAAAGCAAAAAAAAAAAUAAAUAUUCUUACUGUAGAAUCGUUUCUAGUUAAAAAUGUUGAUAUUAACAAUUUAGAGAGUACUAUUAUUACUAAUAAAAAAGUUGAAUCAUUUAGGGAUUAUGUUUUUUCUAGACAAAAAAUAAAAACCAUUGAAAGUGCUUUAGUACAAAUCUGUAAAAUAUUACCUGAAGAUUUUAGUAAAGAACAUUUUCAUAAAGAGUUUGAAAUAACUCAAUUUGAAUAUCUAAAAUGUAUAGAAGUAUUAUGUACAUAUUUGCUAAAAAAAAAUGAUGAAAACACAAAUGCUUAUAAAAAAUAUAAAACUAUGGAUAUAUUUGUUAAGCAAAUUUUGUACAAAUAUAUGAACCAAUCUUCUGAUGAUGAAAAUGUGAUGAAGAAAGAGGAUAAUAAAGGUAAAAAAAAUAAAAAAAAAAUAAAAAAAGGCAAAGGAGAUGAAAAUAAAGAUACAAAAGAGAAAAGCAAAAAAGAAGACGAAACAUAUGAAUUAAAAGAAAAAAAAAAUGAGGAUACCAUUUUGUGUAAUCUAAAAAAAUUGAAUACUAAUAAGAAAAAAAAAACAGAUAUUUGUUCAAGUGUAACCAAUUCAUCAUUUGAUGAAAAAGAAGAAAUGAAAAAUAAUUAUAGUAGUUUAGAAAUUUUGAAAAUUAUAGAUAAUAAAUUUAAAAAGAGAGAUUUAGAAAUUAGUGUCUUAAAAAAAUCUAUUGAAUCAAUUGGAAGUAAUAUUAAAUUAUUAUUACAAUUUAAUAAUAAUUCGAAUAUAAAUAUAGACAUGUUGAAAUAUGGAAAUAAAAAUAAAGAUAAUAUUAACAAAAAUGUAGAAGGAAUUUCAAAUGAAAUAAUGUACAAAACAGAAGAUAGUCAUGUUUGGUCUCAAAAUCCGAUUGAAGAAGUUUCAAUAAAUCAAAAUAAUAUUAAAUUAGAAGAAAAGACAAAAUCGGUGAAAAAUAAUACUUCUAAAAAUGUUAAAGAUGUGAAUAAUAAUAUCAUGAUAAAUGACAAAAAAGAAAUGAAUAAAUAUAAUAGUUCUUCUCAAGACAAUAUAUUAAUAGGAAAAGAAAAUAAGGAUACAAGUUUGAAAAUCGAAAAGCUUUUAAUCUCCAAUUUUACAGAAAAAAAUUCUAAUGUAAAAGGAAAAAGUGAAUUAGAAAAAUUUAAAGAAAAUGCACAUAAAUUUAUUAAAUUAAUAAAUUAUGAUAAAGAUUUUGAAAAAAAUAUAAAUGAAAAUGGUAAAGAGAAAUUAAAUCAUAUUUUAAAUAUUAUUAACAUCGAAUUUGAAAAACUUUUUAUAAUUAUGGAUGAUAAAAAAUAUAGUAAAAAAGAAAAUGAUAAAUCUAUAUGUACAUUAAAUAAUGAUAAUAAAAAAUUAAAAAAUCAAGAAAAUGAUAAUAAUAAUAAUGUAUCGGGAAUAAAUAUAUCUGUAUCUCAAUCUGAUAUGAUUGAACUUAACGAAUUAAAAGAUGUAAUAAAAAAGAGAAAAAAAAAAAAAUCAAAAAAAGGAAAUAAAGAAAUAAAAGACAUAGAAAUUAUAAACAAUGAUGGAAAUAAAAAAGCUAUAAUUCCUAAUGAAUUAUUAUGCUUACAAGAUGGUAAAAUUAAUUUACAAAAAAAAAAUAAAUAUGAUGAUUCUAAGAAAUUAUUAGAAAGAAAUAAUUUAAUAGAACAUGAUAGAAAAAUCGAAUUAGAUAAAAAUAAAAUAGGAAAUAAAAAAGGAGGUGGUAUUUUAGAUAGCUUAAAUUUUUAUAUGAAAACAGAAACUAUGUAUAGUUUAGAUGAUAGUAUUAAAAGAGAAGAUAAUGAAAUGAGUAAAAGUGAAGAUAACGAAUUUUUAUUUAAAAAUGAAAAUGAUAAAAAAAUAAGAAUAAAUUAUUUUCAAGAAUACAUGAACUAUUGUGAUCAAAAUGUAAAAGGAAAAAAAUCGAAUUCUGAUAAUUCGAACAAAUCCAAAUCUGUUGAAAAUAUAAAAAAAGAUGUAUUAGAAAAAAAAGAUAAAAAAGGAAAUUUAUAUAAUUAUUAUGAAAAUUGUAAUAAAGCCGAUUUAUGUAGUCAACUUACAAAUAAAAUAAUAAAUUUAGCAAAAGAAAAAACUAACUUAGAAAUAUGUCAAACAUUAGAAAUGAUUAAUGAUAGUAAAAAAUUAGAACCAAUAUUAUUUACUAACAAGGUAAGUAGUGAUAAUACUACUGCGGCAAGUGUUAAGAUUAGCGAAAUAAAAUAUGAUAAAAUUAAUCAGGAUGAAGAUUUAAAUUUGAAAAAAAGUAUAGAGAUAGACAAGGAAAAGGGAAAAGAAAAGAAAAGUAAAAAUAAAACAAAAAAUAAAAAAGAAUCCAAAGAAACAAAGGAAAAAUUAGUUUAUAAUAAUGAAUAUAUUUUAGAUGAGGAAAAGGACAAAAUAAGUGGAAAUUCAACAGAAAGUGGUGAUAGUGUAGUAUACAAUUAUAAUAUAUAUGAUGCAAUUUAUGAUAUGAAUGAACAAUUUUCAAAUGUAGUUAAAAGUAUACACAUGGAUCAAAAUAUUACCAAAGUUGAAAUAAUAAAUGAGAGUGAAAAUGAACAAGGAAAAAAUGUUACUAUCGAAAAAAAACAUAAAAAGACAAAAGAAAAAGGGAAAAAAAAAAAAAAAGAAUGGAAAAGGAAAAGAAAAGAAGAUAUAAAAAAGAAGAAAAAAGAAUCACGUGAAGAGAAAAAAAAAAUUAAAAAGGAACAAAUGAAAAAAGAAAAGAAGAAGGAAAAGAAAAAAGAAGAAUCUGCUAAAGAAAAAGUCGAUAAUGAAACAGAAGAAAUCGCUAAAGAAAAAGGAUAUCAUACUCAAAGUGAUGUACUAAUAAAAAAAAAAAAAAAAAAAAAAAAAAAAUCUAAAGAUAAACUAAAAAAUAGUGACUACAGCUUUAUUGAUGUUGGAUCAAAUGAAGAGAAAACGAAAUUAUUGAAUAGGCAAAUGUGUAUAUAUGAUGAAUACAUAACUCAAGAAAAAGCUAUCAAGGGUAUCAUUAGCAAGAAAUAUAUUCGGGGCAUAAUACAUAUCCGCAGAUUAGACUAUGGGUAUAUCGAUCACGAAGAAGGAAAAAUUCACAUCGAAUCAAAAGAAGAUUUGAAUAGAGCAAUUGAUGGGGAUGCUGUUGUUAUAAAAUUAAAGAAUCCAAAUAGAGUGAAUAAUUUAGUUAAACCUGAUAAAAGUAUUGGAAAAGUUGUAUAUAUUGAAGAACAUUACGGAUCAACUAAACAAUAUGUAUGUAUAUUUCGAAAUAAGGUAAAAGAUAAAAAAUAUAAUGUAGCUAUUCCAUUUAAAAAAAACAUUCCAUUAAUUCAAGUACAAAAUAGUCAUAUUAAAGAAUUUAUGAAAAAAUAUAAUGUUAAUGAUAUAAGCAAUCAACUAAUAUAUAUAAAAAUAUUCCAAUGGAGUCCUACUGAAAAAUUUCCAGAAGGAAAAAUUGUUGAGAUUUUAGGUCAAAAUGAUGUUUUUCAUAAUAUGCAAAAUGCAAUUUUAUUAAAUCAUGGUUUAAAUUUUAAUUUAAAAAAAGCAUUAGAAGAUCAAUAUUUAAAAGAUUUAAAAAAUAAAAAUAAUUAUAUAAAUAUAAUAACAGAUGAAUUAAAAAAAAGAAUGGAUUUAAGAAAAGAAUGUGUAUUUACUAUUGAUCCAGAAACAGCUAGAGAUUUAGACGAUGCUAUUAAUAUUUGUAAAAUUAAUAAAAAAAUUAUCACAAAUUCAAAUUAUUAUAUUAAAAUUAUGCACAAUUUAAUGUGUCAUAAUGGAGAAAUUGAUGAAACACUUUUAGAACAAAAUUUACCUCUUUUUGUAAAUAAUGAUCAAGAUUUUUUUUCUAAAUUAAAAGAAAAUGAAUAUGUUAAAGAGAUUGAAAAUAUUAAAUUUCAAAACUUUAUUAAAGAAAAAAUUGUGAAUGAUACUGAAAAUCAACAGACAUCCGAAAUAGCCAACUAUGAAGAUGAUAAACUAACUAGAGGAAUAGAAGGAAUAGAAACAGAUUUAACAAGAGAUCAACAAAUUGGAAAAUAUAAACAAUUGGACAUAGAGAGAAAAGGCUUUACUAAAUUUGAAGAUUGCUAUGCUAGUAAGGGAGAUGAAAAAAUGUUAAAAAGGAAAAACAGGGAAAAUUCGAAUAAGGGAAAAAAGAUGAAGAAAGCAGAAAAGGGGUCGAAAAAAGAAGCAAAAAAAAGAGCAGAAAGGAGGUCGAAAAAUAUGGACAUAGAAUCCGAUACGGAUAUAGAAACAAUAAUAUAUGAUAAUUGUAAAAAAAAUAAGAAAUUUAUUAAUCUUAAUCAUAACAAAUUUGACAAAAUGAUAAUGGAUAAUGAUUGCAACCAAAUUAGAAAUAUAACUAUUUUUAAUAACGAUUCUAGUAGCAAUGAAGACAGUUUCGAUGAUUACACUCGUUUUAAUAAAAAAAAAAAAUAUAAUAAUAUACAAGAAGAAAAACAUAAGAAUAUAAAUAAUAAAGAAAAAAAUAUUUACAAAGAAAAAUUUGAAAGAUCAUUUUUGGACAUUUCAUCGGAUCAUGAAGAUGAUAAUAAUAAUAGUAACGAAAGUGAAAAUGAUGAUUUUUUUGAUAAAAAAAAUGAUUUUGAUAUUUUUGUUAAAGAUGGAAAAAGUGAUUUCUCUUAUUUAGAUAAUACUGUAAAUAAAAAUUGGAACACAAAUAAGAUUAGCACUCAAUUUAAUGGUGUUAAAAAAAUUGAAAAUAGUGAAUUUUUUCCAAAUACAACAAAUCGAUGGAAUUAUGAUACUAGCCAAAGUAGUAUAAAUGAUAUCGGAAUGAAUGAAGAAAAUUUUGAGAUUGGUAAAAUAAAUACAAUUAGUAAAAAUUUGAAAUUUUAUAACACAUCUAUGCAUAGUAAAAAUAUUGAAUGUUUAUCUAAUAGCUCAAAUAACGAGAGUAAUAAUGAUGGUAAAAAAGGAAAAGGAAAAAAUAAAUAUGCUUAUAUUUUCAAGCAAAAUCGAAAUAAAGAUAUUGGAUCAGAAUUAUAUAAAGAUUCUGAUAAUUAUUGUCCAAAAUGUAAAAAAUAUAUAACAAUAGAUGAUAUAAUUCAAGGUAUGAAUUCUGAACAAUGGAGAAAAUAUAAUUUAUAUGAAGUAGGUGUACAUAUAACUGAUGUAUCAUUUUUUGUUAAAGAAAAUACAUCACUUGAUAUAGAUGCUCGAAAUAGAGCCAUGACAAUUUAUUUAACACAUACUUGUUUUCCAAUGUUAUCAAGAAUAUUGAGUGAAAAUUUAUGUAGUUUGGAUCCUAUAAAUAAUCGUUUAUGUUUAUCAGUAUUUUUUUACAUGGAUAAUUCUGGAAAAAUUGAUCAUAAUACUUUUUUUAUUAAAGAAACAGUAAUAGAAAGUAAAGUAAAAUUUACUUAUGAAGAAGUACAUUCAAUUGUUAGUGGUUACGUACAAUUAAAAAAAAUAAUAAAUAAAUUGAAAAAAGAUGAAAAAGAUGCAUUUUUUUUGAGAAACGCAAAUUAUGAACAAUCUGAUAAAAUUUCACAAGAUCCUAUUGAUGUUAGAAAAGUGGGUAGUAUUGUAAGUAAUUUUUCUAAAAUAGAAAAUGAGAAUAGACUUGUAAAAAAUAGUAGUAGUAAUGAUGAUACUAAUUUAUUUUAUUUUAAUGAAAAGAAAAAAAAAAAUUUGGAUAAAAAAUCGGCAAACUGUGAUAAUAAUAAUAAUAAUAAUGAUAAAGAAACGAUGAAAAAAAAAGAUAGCAAUAAUAAUGAGAAAAAAAGUAAUAGCCUUUAUAAAAGGUUUUUAAAUCUACAUUUUUAUUCCAAAAAAAAGAAUUCAAGUGUUGUAGAUGCAGAUGCAGAUUCAGGUAGCGAAAAAGAUUUGCCCGUUUCUCCUUCCUCAAUUACAAACAUGAUAGUUGACAAGAAUCAUGGCAAUACUACUAAUAAUGACAGUAAUAAACAAAAGGGGUUAGGAACUUUUGAAAAUAAAGGAAAUGAAAUGGAAAGCUCGAGUUUUAUCUUUGAAAACGAAAAAAAUGUCAAGAAAAAAAAUGGGGGUAUUGUUAUGCGAAAAUCAGACCGAAAUAAAAUAAAUGAAAGGGUUUUAGAAAAUGAUCAAGUAAAAAAAGGAAUAGAAGGAAUUAUAAAAAUAUUCAAAAAUUUAAACAAUAAAAAACAUAAAUUAUCACAAAAAGAAAUCAUCAAUAUUACAAAAAUGUUAUAUGAUAUGUAUAAAAUAACUAAAGGUGCAAGAAUGAUUAGAAGAAAAAAUGGGUCAUUAUUAUUUAAUAAUGAUAAAAUAAAUUUUGUAUUAUCAAAUUCGUAUAGUCCAUUAGGAAUAGUAAAAAAAAAAAAUACUUUUGCAAAUUAUAUGAUUGAAGAAUUAAUGUUAAGUGCUAAUAAAUUAGUAGCAAUACGUCAAUAUUUUAGUAAAUAUCGAGAUGUAUCUAUUUUCAGAUCCCAUAAUUCAAGUGACUCUCUUAAUGUUUCUGAUAUAAUUGAAUUAUUAAAAAAACAUGGAAUAUAUCUUAAAGUUAAUAGUUUAGCACAUAUAUUACAAUUUUUAGAUGAAAAAGAAAAUCAUUUAAAAAAAAAUAAAACAAAAAAAAGCAUUUUUGAAACUGUUUGUGCAUUUGUUAAAAAAAAAAUGGUUCGAGCUGAAUAUCAUACAUACAAAUAUAUAAAAGAUAAUGAUAUGAGCACAUACCAUUAUGCUUUGUCUUUUCUUUUAUAUACUCAUUUUACAUCUCCUAUUAGAAGAUAUCCAGAUAUUCUUGUUCAUCGUAUUAUUAAAAGAAUUAUUAAUGAUGAACAUCAAUUAAAAGAAAAAUUAUGUACAAGUCAGGAAAUUCUGAGCAUUGUUGAAACGCCUAAUGUGGGCAUAGUUGAAAACAUUUGUGAAAAUUGCAACAAAUGCAAGGCAAGAUCAAAGAAAGCACAAAUGGAUUGUGAAAUUGCAUUUCUGUGUUUGUACUUACAAAAACACGAAACCCCUGGAUACAAUCGAGGAAUUAUUAUGGAUAUACAAAAAGACCGAGCCUCGAUAUUUUUCAAAUCGUUUUCUUUUGAAAAUCCUUUAUUUUUUACGGGAACUGAAAAGCAUCAUCACAAAAUAAGCAAGGCCCAUUUGAAAUAUUUGUGCAACUAUACUAUUCAACCAAAUCCAAACAAAGAAGAGUUUACCCUUACAGUUUACAACCAAGAUGCGAAAACAAUAAAAUUGCGAAAAGUGUAUAAGCGCUUCGAUUAUAUUCCCUUGUAUUUCUUUCCGUUAAAUUCAAUGCCACCUUCGUUUUUCUUGGCCGUCGCUUUUUCAAAUAAAUAA